ACCACAUCCAUCCCACCUCAACCUCUUCCUUACUUCACCUCAACUCGCCAACUUUCUUCAGCUUUUCUUCUACCUCGUAUAGACCUUAUCGAGGCUCAAUCAUACCCCUCUCCUCUCUCUUUCACACCCUCAGUCAAUCCUCAGCUACAAUGUCGGCUGCUCCUCUCAACUCGGACCCUGUGGCCACCCCACCUCGCCCUCCGUCCCCCGUCCACAGCUUCGGUACUCUCGCCGUCCACGCCGGCGCUCCACAUGACCCCGCUACCGGCGCCGUGAUUGAGUCCAUCUCUCUGUCGACCACAUUUGCUCAGUCCGCCGUUGGCAAGCCCGUUGGCGAGUAUGAGUACUCCCGAUCCUCCAAUCCCAACCGUACCAACUUCGAGACCGCUGUUGCUGCUCUCGAGCACGCCAAGUACGCCCUCGCUUUCUCCUCCGGUUCCGCCACCACCGCCACUAUCCUCCAGAGUCUCGCUGCCGGCAGCCAUGUCAUCUCCGUCUCCGAUGUCUACGGAGGUACCCACCGAUACUUCACUCAGGUCGCAAAGGCCCACGGCGUCAAGGUGACCUUCACACCAGAGAUUGAGGUCGAUAUCAGCGAGCACAUUACCCCCGAUACCCGUCUGAUCUGGAUCGAGAGUCCUAGCAACCCUACCCUGCGCCUUGUCGAUGUCCGAGCUGUUGUUUCUGAGGCCCACAAGCACGGUGUCCUCGUCGUUGUUGACAACACUUUCCUCUCCCCUUACGUCCAGAACCCGCUCGAUUUCGGUGCCGACAUCGUUGUCCACAGUGUCACCAAGUAUAUCAACGGUCACAGUGAUGUGGUCAUGGGUGUUGCUGCUUUCAACAGCGACGAGCUCAAGAACCGUCUGAGCUUCCUUCAGAAUGCCAUUGGCGCUGUACCCUCAGCAUUUGACUCCUGGCUUGCUCACCGUGGUCUGAAGACUCUGCAUCUGCGAGCUCGUGAGGCCAGCCGCAACGCUGACGCUGUAGCCCGAGCUCUCGAGGCUUCUCCUCUGGUCAUUGCCGUCAACUACCCCGGUCUUGACUCUCACCCUCACCGACAUAUCGCCAAGAAGCAGCAUCGUGAUGGUCUGGGUGGCGGCAUGCUCUCAUUCCGCAUCCAGGGUGGUCACGCUGCCGCUGAGCGUUUCUGCCAGGUGACGAAGAUCUUCACUCUCGCUGAGAGUCUUGGUGGUGUUGAGAGUCUGGUCGAAGUUCCCAGCAGCAUGACUCAUGCCGGUAUCCCUCGAGAUCAGCGUGAGGCUGUCGGUAUUUUCGACGACCUUGUCCGCAUCAGCUGCGGUGUUGAGGACGCCCAGGACCUUACCAAUGACGUUCUCCAGGCCCUCGAGAAGGCUACAUCCGCGGCCAAGACCAACGGUUUCAACGGCAACGGAAAUGGCGUCAACGGCUCCUAGGCGCAUGUCCUAAUGGUUUUUCCCACUCGGUUUAUCCUUUAUUUAGAAGAAGAUGAUCUAUGAUGACAUGUUAUGAGAAUUAUUUCCUUUGUUUAAAGAUGCUCCAAAAGCAAAUAAAAAAGAUAGGGGCGUGCUUCAUUCAAGGCCCCCCUGGGUUGGCAUUUAUACAGCGGCUAUGGUCAAAACUGAUGCAAAUCGCAUCUCUUUGUUAUUGAGGCUUGGAUGGCAAGCUACCUGAAGAAUAUUAUUUCGAUUUCUCGAAGUUGUCUAUGACCAAUGGGUCGUGAUAUCUCGUCGUGAAGUAGGUGACCCCGAAUCGUCAUUAAAUAUGUUCGUCGUCAGAAGGUGGGAUAUUAAACAAGUUUUCCG